AUGAAGCAGAUCAUCAACACCAUCAUCCGGCUCAGCUUAGUCAACCAAAGAACACUCUUCCGGCCUCAGAUCGUCCUGAAGCCUUUGAGGGCCGGCCGCGACCUGACGACAAUGGCCGCUGGAACUCUCAGGCGUCCUAUACACCUCAUCUUGGACUAUGAUGGCACGCUCACAGUCAAGGACACUAUGGCGGUCCUGGGCAACCUUCCAAAGCAGCCACGCCUGACUUGGAAGGAGAUCGAGGAAGCAUACCUGAAAGACUACCAGAGCUACAAGAUGGACCACUUCGGCUGGAUCCAUUACAAUGAUAAAGAGUACAGCGAGUGGCUUUCGCGUCGUAAGGAGGUCGAGCAAAAGAGUGCCAAGCGCGUUCAAGACGCAUGCUUCUUUCGAGGCGUCAAACAAGCAGACGUGGAGCAAAGUAUCAUUGACUCGCUGCAUAAUGGCGACUUGCAGUUUCGCUCUGGCUGGCUCGACUUGUUCGCUCUCUUCCUUGCAGACUAUGACCCUGCCACUGGUAUGUCAGAUGGAAGCAAGAUCAGCAUCCUCAAUAUCAUCUGCUUGUACGUCAACGACAUGGAGAUUAGAGCCAACGAGAUCGAAGGCCUAGCAUCACCCAAUGGUUCUUCUGGUCGAGUGUGCCGCCCUCUGCCAUCAUCCGACAUUCGCACAAGUGGCGACAAGCUCGUGCACUUGAAUCAGAUGCGGAGUGACCAAGCUACGCAACCUCAGCACAACAACGGCUCGAUCAUCUACGUGGGCGACUCAUCUACCGACUUUGAGAGCUUGUGUGCAGCUGACCUGGGGAUCUGGCUGUACGACGUGGACGAAUCUGAAUACAAGGACACGUUUGUGGAAGUAUUCAAGCCCUUGCAAAUGAUCCCGCCCGUGCCAAUCCGCGAGGUGACAAAAGUGGCUUCGAGGGACGAGCCAACAUGGACUCUGUUGCUGGCUUGGGAUCGAGACUUUUAUGGCGUGGUCAAGCUUUUCUCCGAUGCCUGA